UCGUUUCGCUAGCUUGCCUCCGCUGCUGUCAACAUUUGUUGCGGUGAAACCUCCGAGCUGUCACAUCGGCAGUCUUAUGGUAGGAGGCAGUCAUGCUAUCCAAAUUCAUACUUUACUUGUGGAAUUCGUCCUAAUCUAAGCUGCUGUUUGGGGGAUUGUUUCAAUAGAAUUGAACAUAACGGAUAUGUUUGUUUAAGUUCAUGAGGACUGUUAUUUCUGACAGGCAGUAUUAUUUAUCUGCGACAGACCUCAACAUAUAACGAGUCAUGUCUCGCAGAAGUUCUCGCCUGGUGUCUGGUGGCUACUACAACUCAGAUGAGGAAUCUGACUCAAGUAGCGUGACCAACAUAUCCAUAUCCUACCGUGAAAACCCUGUUAAGGUUUUCAAGAAGAAGAUUGGAACCCGCAAGCCUGGCUCCCGUACCUCAAGUAGAGCCAAUAGCAAUGCUAGCUCUGCCACCCCUGAGACACCUGUCACUCCAGUCCCAUCUCCUUUGAGCAGCGAGACCCAGCCUACCAUGAGAACCGUACCUUUCGUCCCUUCCGCAGCCACCCCUCGGCCUGCCCUAAUCCCAUCAUCAACCCCGAGUCAGACACCCACUCGGUGCCAUUCGGCAUCUCCAGAAUUCAGCCCUUCCACUGGGCACUGCACCUCUAGCAGGCCAGGAUUAUGCUUCAGACCCAGCCACAAGGAGCUGAGUCAGAGCGGCAUGGACAGCUCGGGGUAUUCAUCCUCUGAGGGCACUUACAGGAAGCCCAUAACCGCCCCCUGCAGCACUGCUAGAGUCAGCAGUAACAGCGGGGAUCCAAAUACUGGAUACAGAAACAGAAUCAAAAGUGCCUUGAGUAGCCUGAGCGACUCAACCCUGUUGCUAGCUGCUGCAGUAUAUUUAAAAACACUUGAUGUGGCAGCUUUAGCAAAUUCCUCAAUCAGCAGUCGCAUGAAGAAGGCUUGUGGUGUGGUUCUCCUCCUUCUCAUCCUACUUCUAUGUCUUUGGUUGCUCCUUCCCUUGUUCGCCUCUUUCAUGUCCCGCAUGAAUGUCGCAAAGAGCCCGUCCCAGAGACAACCUGUCGUCCCUGCUACUCCUCCUCCUCCUCAACCCAACACCAUCUAUUCCACACCUGUGGUGGAUCCUACCAUCGUCUCUGCUGCAGUAGAUGAAAAGAUGCAACGUCUUCUGGUGGAACUACAGAUGAAGCAGGAACAGCUUCUCUCCCAGAUGAAGGAGAGACUGCAGCUGGAAAUGCGGGAUAUGAAGGCCAAGCUUGAGGCAGUGGACACAGGUAGUCGGCAGUAUCUGGAGCAGGAGGUCGCUGGGUUGAGCAGGCGGAUGGCAGAUUACCAGUCAGACAGCAGCACUUCUGCUGCCAGCCUCAGCCUCAGGAUCCAAGCUUUAGAGAAUCAGAAUAAUAAGCUGGUCCAGGAGUUGUCAUCCAUGCAGGUGAUGCCUCCUCCAGCCCCCUGUCCUGAUCCUACCAACGUCCCCAUCCACAAUCACCUCACACCAGAGCUCCAACAGGCCAUGGAAAAGUGGCUCACUGACCGCAUCAAGGAGCAGGAUGCAUUCAGGCUUAGCAGCACAGGGAGCUGCACAGAUUGUGGACGUCCUAUGGCUGACAAAAUGGCUGACUUUGCCCUGGAGACUCAAGGUGCCAGUGUGAUCAGUACCAGGUGCUCAGAGACGUAUCGUAUUCGUUCAGCGUGUGUGACCCUGUUUGGGUUCCCUCUUUGGUAUCCAUCAGAAAGCCCACGCACUGUGAUUCAGGGUUACCCAGUACUGCUCCCAGGGAAAUGUUGGGCGUUUCAUGGUGUCCAGGGAACUCUUGUAAUCUCUUUGUCUCACCCCAUACGGAUAACUCAUGUGACACUGGACCACCUGCCGCGUUACAACUCCCCCACCGGCCGAAUCGACUCAGCACCCAAAGACUUUGAGGUCUAUGGGAUGAAAAAUGACACCGAAGAAGGAACACUGCUGGGGACAUUCACUUACGAGGAGUACGGAGAGCCAACACAGACGUUUAAGUUGCCUAAUCCGAGCGAUGUGGUUUACCGAUUCAUGGAGCUGAGAGUUCUCAGUAACUGGGGUCACGUCGAAUACACGUGUCUUUACCGCUUCCGUGUGCACGGAAAGAUCGCCACCACGUGAGACUCAGUCAGAGUCACAUGACAGUGGGAUGGAUAGUUUAUAAAUAAAUCAAAUUCCCUUUGAUGGUCUCAGGGCCAAAUGCUACUGAAUAAGUGUUUAGUGUUGGCACACCCUUGUUUCAGCUGUGUGUCAGGAGGUGUUGCUGUUUUAUUUUAACUGCUUAAUGGCAUUUUUUUGGUGCAGCGCACAUUUGCUUUGAAUAAAAGUGUAAAAUGAGUUUCUGAAAACCAAAAAUUUACUUAGGAAAAACCAGUUGGAAGUGUAAAGUUCUGGCAGCUUUAUGCUUUCAAUCAUAUAAUUGUGCCACAAAAUCAUUUUAAAACCUUUCUUAUUACUAAUUAUUAUUACUUAUUAUCUUUUUUUUUUUUUUUUCUACUUUCCAUGUGUACAGUGCUCUGUCCCACAUGACAGCUCUCUGGUAAAAUAACAUUUUCCAUUUUGCCACUGGGAAGCCAAUAAAAAAUAAAAAAUUCUAGUUUGUCUAGGUCUGUCAGAUCUGUCACCUGAUAUCUGAACAGGUUGUUUUUUUUGUCAGGAUAUUUGUUUGAUUUUGAGGCUGAUGCGCUGCACCAGUCUGAGCAUCAGGUAGAAAUAUACAGAGGCAGCAGUGAAUGUUUUUUAAAUCAGCGUUGUUUGAUAUUCUUAAAGGAAAAUGUAAUUUCAUAUUCCUGUCAAAAGGAAAAUAUGCAGCUUGGUAAAAAUUUAUUUUAGCAAGUUUUGACAAAUGAGUUUGGAUUUUAUUUCUGGUACUUGAAUACUUGAAACGCUGUUUUUCUAACCUCUCUGACAGACGUCAUGUUGAAGCCAUGACAUCAUUGUUUGUAUUUUGUAAAUAAGGCUUAAAUUUUGUAUGAAAUACUUAACUAGGAUGGAAAAAAGUGCUAUUUAUUCGUAUAACACAGAUUCUUUUACAAAUUCAUGUGCUCUGUCCAUUUUGUAGGUUUAAAGAUGUAAUAAUAAUUAUUGUCAUUUAUUAUGUAAAAUCUUUAAAUUGUACCAUUCAAAACCUAGAAAACACAAUUUCACACAAUGAUUCUAAAAAAAAAUUUUUUUUUGUGCAUUUAGUCAGAAGAUGGGAGAAAAUAUUAUUUACAUUAUGAUGUGCACUAGAGGAAGUUUCAGUUCUUUGGAAUGUUCUUGUUCCUGUUUUCCAGCUGUUCAGAUUUGACAAAUUUGACUUCACUGAAGGAUCAGGACUUCUUUAUUAUUUGUAUUUUGUCUGUUUAAUAGAUGUUGAUAUUUACAAGUUGUUAAAAGGAGACAGUGUCAUUAACAUGCAUUUUUAAUUUGAAAUGAAAUUAUAUAUUUUUGGAAAAAAAACUUGCAUUAAUAUCUGUUUUAUGAAUGAUUGUUUACAUUCUUUAAAGCUGGUGCACUGCAGACUAUAAAGUGAAAGUAACUGUAAACUAACACACUGAAUUUUAAUUCACAUGUUAAUUUACAGUUUUUACUUUAAGUGUUAAAAAGCUUGAUUUUGCUUAACUAAAUGUUACAAAUAUAACGUGUCUAAUAGACUCAUAUUUCCUAAAGCAUCCUCAGUGUUAUCUGCAGGUUUCCAUUGCCGUGUCCUGAGCGUACGUCUCACACUGCAUCAUUCCUCUUAUGUGGUAUAAAUCUGUAUAGAGACCAGUGUUUCAGUUUAGGUGAUCAGACUCAAUCAGGUUCAUUUUCUCUGUCCGUAAAUGUUAACUUGUGUUUUUCACAAUCAAGGAAAAUGACAAAAAGUUUACUUUUCUGUUUGUAUUCAGAAAUAUUUCACAUGGUACCCUGAAGUGUUCUGCAGAGUAUUUUACUAAAUUUCUUUUUGUAAGCCAAAAUUGGAUAUUUCAUUUCUAAAAUAAAACAAUGCAAUAUGUC